CAUACAUAACAUACCUUCCUUAAGCCUAACCAUCAAACCUCAAAAUGAAGACAUCAAAAUCAAGCAAAUUUCCAACACUUUUGCUUAUACUCCUACUCUUUUCAGCUUGUGCAACCACAACUAUGGUGUUUGGUGUUGCUCAUGGUAUCAGAAUCCCGGAGCACGUGUGCAAAAAGACGAUUAGCAUGAGGAAAUGUGAGGUGAGAGGAUGUGAAGAUAAGUGUAGCAAAAAAGAGCCAUUUGGUGUUGGAAAAUGUAGUGGUAAUAUGUGUAUAUGUUCGUAUUAUUGUGAGUUGCCCCCAAUGUGAUUAUGAUUAUGAUUCUUGACGUAUGUAAGCCUU